AUGUGAAAUAUGAAUUGACAGCUGUAAAUACCUGAUUAGGAAGUUGUGAAUAUUCGAAGAGAUAAUGUUAACGUACGUUGUGCAGACAUUGUGAUAACAUGUUUUGUUAAUGUUGAAUAUUUGGCACAGAAACGACAAGAUUUUUAGUUAACCUCUCUUUCCGAAGGAUUCAGCUGAUCAAAGAAACUCAAACCAGCUUAAUUAAUUCUGUCAAAAUAUGUCAGCCAAUUCUUCCUGGUCCUUCGGCUUUUGCGGUUGCUGCUCCGAUUGUGGCACUUGUUGCCUCACGAUCUGGUGCGCGCGUGUCACUUUCGGAAGAAUAGCAGAGAUCGUUGAUAGAGGAACAACCAGUUGUUGCGUGCAGGGAAUAAUAUUCUACAUACUGGGGGGUUUCACACAAUGUGUGUCAUGUUACGCUUGCAUUUACCGACCGAAGAUCAGGAAUGUAUAUAAUAUUGAAGGCAACGAAGCUUGUGACUGCUUAGUCAGUUGCUUCUGCCCCCACAUGUCCCUCUGUCAGGAGUAUCGUGAGCUCAAAGCUCGUGGAUUCAGCAUGUCUGUUGGUAACCUGAUGGCAAGGAAAUGUGGAAAUGCAGAGUGCCGGUGUUAUGACAGCUCCGGCGGUGGAAGGUGGCAUGAGCCGUUAGCGGUGGCGGUGGCUCUCUCUAAUUGGUUCUGUGUUGAAUGAUGUCUUGUGGGAGUGAAUUAAGAAUAAGGCCUCGUCUCGCUGCAUGUUUCUUCUCGACAAUCCUUGCAAGUUGUGCUGAUCUAUAGUCUAUACACACACUGACACACAGAUCUGCUUACAUAGUUCUGUUUUAUUUUGGUUUGACUCUGUACGAUAUAUACAGUAUGCCAAUAAAACUGUAUAGCAAUUCA